GUUUCGCCUAGAAACCAGCAGUAAUGGCUGUCCUUGCACCCCUUCUCGCUGUUCUGUACGCAGCUCCGGGACUGUUGCGAUGGGUGUCGCAGCCCUAUUACCUUAUUUCUGCUUUACUGUCUGCCUCUUUUCUUCUGGUUAGAAAGGUACCCCCGGCUUGUAGUGUCCUACCAACACAGCGUGAGGACGGGAAUCCAUGUGACUUUGAUUGGAGGGAAGUGGAGAUCCUGAUGUUCCUCAGCGCCAUUGUCAUGAUGAAAAACAGACGCAGCAUUACUGUUGAGCAGCACAUUGGCAAUAUAUUCAUGUUCAGUAAAGUUGCCAAUACGAUCUUAUUCUUCCGCUUGGACCUGCGUAUGGGACUUUUGUAUAUCACACUCUGCAUAGUUUUCCUUAUGACUUGUAAACCACCCCUUUACUUGGGUCCAGAACACAUCAAGUAUUUCAGUGACAAAACAUUAGAGGAGGAGAUGCAGUCUGAUGGCCGAGUGUCAUGGAUUGUCGAAUUCUUUGCAAAUUGGUCAUCAGAAUGUCAGUCAUUUGCACCAAUAUAUGCUGAACUGUCUUUGAAGUAUAACUGUGCAGGGUUGAAAUUUGGAAAAGUUGAUAUAGGGAGAUAUCCUGAAGUCAGCUGUAGGUACAGCAUUAGUCCAUCUCCUCUGUCCAAGCAGCUCCCCACCCUUAUUUUGUUUCAAGGGGGAAGAGAAGUUUUUAGGAGACCUCAAGUGGAUAAGAAAGGGCGGGCUGUGUCUUGGAGCUUCACACAGGAAAAUGUUAUUCGUGAGUUUAAUCUUAAUGAGCUUUAUCUAAAAGCAAAGAAAAUUCGAAAGCAUCAAGAAGAGUCUAUACACGAGAAUGAAUGGAAUGAUGGCAAGAAGGAUCAAUAAAUGAAAUAUAAGACCACUAUAGUCAUUAUAUCAUUGAUGGGGUAUAUAACCUUCCCCUGUUCUGUACGUCUUUCAUUUGUCCAUUUUUGUUCUCUGUGUUCCUUUUCCUAAUGUUGAUUAUUAACAUGACACACAGAAAUUGUUUAGAUCAAUUUCAGUUGUAAUGUAAGAAACAUAGUGAUUAAUAUAAUAAACAUGUAUAGAGAGUUACAGUAGUUCAAUGGCAUGAGUUGUUUUAAAAUUGCAAAACCUAGAUUAAAAAAUAAAGUAAAAUAACACAU